AUGAAAAUACCUCUCACCUACAGACCUGCCUUCUUGCAAGACAUGCUUUUCCGAAUGCCAGAACUGGUUUCCUAUAUUGUUGAUUUUUUAGAUAUUGUAACCUUGAUCAAGUUAUCGGAAUGUAACAAGCAAUACUUUGGAAUGCCGAAUUCUGCGGCAAUUUCUGGUGCAAGUUUGAAUCAAGAUUCUUCAUCGCUUUUAAAUGAUUGCUCUCUGUGGAUGAGGCUUUGCAUUCGCUACCACUGUGAGAAUACGGUUCAUCAACAGUUUAAUCAUUGCUCUGCCUCUGAUAUUGAACAAUUGGAUUCCAACAAGAAGAGAGAGUUUAUUACGUUGGCGAGUCAAUGCGUGAUUCUUGAAUACCAAACACAGGAGAGUGAUUCUGAAGAUAAGCCUAAUCAGGCUUCCUAUUCCGUGGAAGUAUCAAGGAGUAAUAGAGCCAAAUGUCGUUCUUGCCAUCAUUCCAUUACCGAUGAGCAUAGAGGAUGCAUGUCUUUUGAGGAUUCAUAUCACGAAUAUAUGCAAAAUUGGUUUUAUCACAUUGGUUGUUUUAAGACUCUUCUUAGAGCACACAAGGUCAAACAACGGGAAAUUACAGGAUCCAAACACCUUCUAAGGGCACUCAUUGAUCCAAUCUAUGAUGAAAUACGAGAACAAUUGAUCGCUCAAAGACGCUCUCAUGCCCUAGUAUGCGACUCGUGUUGGAAUUUAAUUAGUGCAGAAAGUUGUUUCGUCAAGGAGCACUGCACCGAUGUGAAUGCCUCUCCCUUUCAUCUGUGCCAUGAUUGUUUUUUUUCACCACCGCAAGUGCAGGGCCAUGUCAACCACAAUGUAAUGGAUAUGAUUACUUCUGCUGCAACGUUGGCCAUACCCGUAACUCCUUCGUUUCAGCUUUCGUGCAGUACUUGCGAAGCAAAAAUUAAGGGAGCCUUGUUUGUGUGUCAGAAUUGUGAUCAGUGUUAUCUUUGUGAGAAGUGUUUCAAUGAUAUUGAUUCAUCAGAUCACAGUAGUGACAGCAGUAAUACAUGCACAGAAAGUCCUCAUGCAAAUCAUCACUUUUUCUUGCAUGGAAAGGUUCAAUCCGAACAACAAGAUUUGGAUUGUAGUGGAGACAAGAAACGAAAGCGAAUUUCUACUAACUCUGAGGGUUCUGAGACUUUGGAACCUGGACCAAAGAAAGUGAGCUUGUUUUCAAUGGCAGAAGCCCUUGGCUUUGACUUGAUUCGAGAGUAA